AUGAGCUUUCCCGGUGCUGCUCCGCCGCCUGAGGGCGUUGUCCCUGACCUGGCUCAUCCGCACGAUGUCCUGAGGACCGUCAACUACAUCACGCAAGGACUGACCGUCUUCUUUGUCUCCAUCUUCGUUGCUAUCCGAUUCUAUGCCAAAUCCAGAGUCUUGGGAGGAGGAUUUACACCAGACGAUUCUAAUCUGAGGAAAAUAGAUGCAACAUAUGCAGCUUAUGUGCUCAUGCUGGGUUACUGCAUCACUGCAGUUUUCGCUGGUGCGCAUGGCGGAGGCCUGAAUAUAUGGGAAGUGUCACCGGGACAGGUUGAGCAAUACUUCAAGUCUUGCUAUGCCGCCACCAUCUUCUAUGCCCCGAUGGCCAUGACGGUCAAACUGGCCCUGCUUGUCAUCAUCAUUCGAGUCUUUGGAUCCGUCCACCGCCGAACGCUUAUCGGAAUCUACAUCUUCAUCGGCAUGAUUGUGGCAUACUACGUCUCCGGCCUCUUCAUCAAAAUCUUCAUCUGCUGGCCCAUCAGCGCCUAUUGGACGGGAGACUCUGGCAAGUGCUUGAACCAGAGCGCCAUUGUCACGGCCGACUCCAUCAUCAGCGUCAUCAGCGACUUGGCCAUCCUGCUGCUGCCGACGCCCCUUACCUGGUCGCUCCAGCUGCCUCGUCGGAAACGCCUCCGUGUUACGGGACUGUUAUGCGCCGGUGGAGUUGCCACAGGCUUCAGUAUCUAUCGUCUGGCCAUGAUUGUUGACCAGCGCAACUCUACCAACAUGACUAUUGUUUUCAUCAAGGUCAUACUGUCAGGCAACGCCGAAGUUGGCAUCGGCCUAAUCUGUGCCUGUCUCCCGGCCGUCAGCGCCCUCUACGUGCAGCGGAUGCGAGGCUCGUCAUACUUCAAGAAUCCCGGCCAGUCCAGCGUCACCGGACGUGGCGAAAUUAUGCUGACGCGAUCAUACCAUGUCGACAGAUCGCGCGCAGACAAGGGCGUAGACGAGAGUGCCCUUGAGUUGGGGCAUGACGAGGCAGGCCUGGUGUCGAGCAUCGGGACUGACAUCAAGGCAAAUGCCGCCGAAAGCCAUCUCUCGAAUCGAUCCGAAGAGACGCUUUGA